CGCUCAGGACCCGGGAGACUUAACUACAACACAGCGGUGCAUCCUACUCCGGGACUUCCGCCAAGCCCUGGACACCUCCCUUCCGCCGUGGCCGACCAACCGUCGCCUGAGGAUCUAGCUACUUCCGCUUGCGGGGGAAGGGGGGGGGCGCCCGAACCCGGAAGUGUCAGCCCCGUUUCCAUCGCCGCUCAGUCCGACAUGGCGGAUCUCCACCGCCAACUGCAGGACUACCUGACGCAGGGUGGUAAAGCGAACAGGCCGGCGGCUGCCGAGCCGCUGCUCGCCGCGAGGACAGCCGAGGAGCCCGCGGCCGGGGACCGGGCUGCCGGGGCGUGGCUCGGCCGCGCGGCUCUGCGAUGGCCGUGGGCGCGGAGCCCUGCCGAGCCGCCGCCGCCCGCCGGCUCGCGGUGCAUCCCGACCGUGACCCGCGGGCAGCGCCUGGCGGCCGGCGGCCUGUGUCUGCUGCUGGCCGCGCUCUGUUUCGGCCUGGCGGCGCUCUACGCACCGGUGCUGCUGCUGCGCGCGCGCAAGUUCGCGCUGCUCUGGUCGCUGGGCUCGGUGCUGGCGCUGGCGGGCGCGGCGCUGCUGCGGGGCGGCCCGGCCUGUGGGCGCCUGCUGCGCGGCGAGGAGACGCCCUCGCGCCCGGCGCUGGGCUACGCGGCCGCUCUGGGCGCCACGCUCUACGCGGCCCUGGUCCUGCGCAGUACGGCGCUGACGGCGCUCGGCGCCUGCGCACAGGUAGCCGCCCUGCUCUACGCGCUGCUGGGGCUCCUACCCUGGGGCGGCGUGACGGCCCUACGCCUAGCGCUGGGUCGCCUGAACCGUGGGGCGGGCCUGGCCAACGCUCUCCCGGUGUGACAGCCCCAGUCUCAGGAAGCGGAGCCAGCCGGGCGAGCGACGGUGCAGGCACCGCCGCACUCCACGGUACCCAAGCGUGCAAGGACGAGGCACCCACUGGACUGUGCUGCGGAGUCCCUGAGCUUGGAGCACCUGCCACGAACUGACCCAGGCUGGUGGUCUCAAAAGGUCCUUGGGCUUCAGCAUUCUGAGGUUCUGGGCAGCAUGCUCCCCGAAAAGACUGGAUUACCUGAUUGGUAAACACUGUGCUGUGGAACUGUUUUCCAACUAACUGGCUUUAACAUUUAAGGGAGGAAAAGAAACAAAUAGCUUUUUCUGACUUGGCUGCUUUCGUGGCUUUGGAAGAAC